AUGAUUCUCCCUUCCUGCCCAAGGGCUCAUAAGCCCUCCCAAGCACAUUUUGGGACAAGAACAUAAGAAGAGCCUGCUGGAUCGGGCCAAUGACCCAUCUAAUCCAGCACCCUGUUCUCGGUGGCCAACUGAUUCCUGUGGGAGACCCACAAGCAGGAUCUGACCGAGAAAAGCACCCUUGCAGUUUCCAGCAGCUGGUAUUCAGAAGCAUUAUGGACACAGACUAUGGAGGCAGUAUAUAGCCAUUGCGGCCAGUAGCAUACCUAGGGGUUGGCAAGGCAAGGUUGGUCCCUCCACAAAAACUGUGUCUCUCCACAUCAAUCCAUCUCCUUGCCAAGGGCACAAGUGGGGUGGCAGCGCUACACCUCUGCUAGCAUAGGAGCCAACUCCUAGGGCCCGAGGUCCCUUUGGCCCCACAUUAAAUAGUUGAGGGGACUGCCCCCCUCCCAGGUUGAUGGGCAUUGCAUUCAAAAACUGUGUGUGACCAUGUCAUGUGAUUGAUUAUGCAUGGCGGAGGGCCCGCCCCCAAUAUUUCAUUCAAGUUGGCACCCCUGUGCUGCUAGCCAUUGAUAGUGUUAUCUUCCAUGAAUUUGCCCAGUCAAAGCCCUCCAAAGCCGAUAAGACUUUCGAGGUGCCACCACAAGGCGGCAGAUCUCCCCAUAUCGUAUCUUCUUUCUCCCCUCCAUUUCCUCAACCUUAAGGCUACCACAUGAAGACUCUCAUUUUAAAUACUCCUACUUUACGUUGGCUUCUAUAUGUGGACACAGGGCCGGAUUUAGGUUUGAUGAGGCCCUAAGCUACUGAAGGUAAUGGGGCCCUUUAUAUGUCCAGCUGUCCUUUGUCAACAACAAAUUUUCAAUUUUUUUUGUGUUGAAUAUUUGGUAUAUGGUAAUUUAUGGACCUAAUAGGUAUCUAAAGCCAUUUGAACAUGCUGCCAUGCAACAAGUCCAUGCAGAAUGUAGGCACCCUAUAUAUAGAAAUGAGCAAACCAGUGAUAUUUUAGGGAGCAGGCUAGCAGGCGACAUCAUAGGAGCCUAAACAACACCAAACACUGUUGCUGUAUGUAGGUUUUGUUUUAUUUGUUUUUUAUCUUAUAUUUUGGAAAUGUUUUUCUUAAAUUUUUUUGGGGGGCCCCAAGAGAGUGGGGCCCUAAGCUAUAGCUUGUUUAGCUUAUACAUAAAUCUGGCACUGAUUUUACCCCUGAAAAAGAAGACGUGCCCUGGUAAAAAAAAAGAGGACACAUGGCAAUUCUUUUGUCCCUGACGGGGAGGGGGGAGACGCCAUUUGGUGGGGAGGGUUGUCCGCCUCAGGUGCCCAAAUAUCCUGAGCCGGCCUUGAGUUCUGACAGGAAAACAGGACUCUUCAGACGAGCCCGCGCGCGCGCCCGUGUGCGAGCGCGCGCCGCCGUCACCGCUUGUGACCGUGGGGUUGUUUGUUUGAUAGUUUAUUUAUUUCUAGGCGCGCAGCUGUUUGAAAGCAGCAGCAGGAGGAGGAGGGAGGGAGGGAGGGAGGGAGGGGGGAGAGAAGGAUCCGGCCAGCGGCGGGAGGGCCGCCCCAUCGCGGGAAGAGCCCUCCCGCGAAGGGAGGGGGCGGCGGCUGGCGAGGAGGAGGCGGCGCGGAGGGAGGGCAGGCCGGCUCCGGGAAGCGGUGCUCCGCGCUGGGACUGGUUCCUUCGCAGCCAUUUUCUGUCCAACCAAACAGCCGAUUUGCGGAGGGAGCCAACCAGGGCCGCACUGGAGGUUUGUGCCUGGCUCCGGCCAAUGAUUGGUAACCGGUUUCACUGCAGGCUCGAAUGAAAUGUCCGUCUCCCUCCCCGGGCUCCGGCGUUGCCGCCGCGCCGUCGCUGAGGGGACCAGGAAGUGCGGGGAGAAGGAGAAAGCGAGAGAGAGAGACAGGCAGACAGACAGACAGAGAGGAGGAGGAGGAGGAGGAACCGGGGGGGAAGGAAGGAAGAAAGACCGCGGCCCGGGCCCGCCCGCCCGCCCGCGUCUUUGUACUGCCGCCGCCGCGGAGCGGAGGCUCCGGCGACCGUUGCUCGGGGCCUGGAGAGGGGAAAGCGAGCGGGGGCCGUUGGCCGAGGCCCCUGAAGGGAGACGGGCUGUUGUGACAGGAGCUGACCCCUGGAAGAGGAGCGGCGGCGGCGGGAGGAGCGUGUCACCACACGCGGGGUGGGGGGGGAGGUUGUGUGUGUGUCGAAAGGAGCCGCGUUUGCCGCCCGAGUCAAUAGCCCUUCCCUCUCCUCUCCCGCUUUCCCAAGCUGGGGGUCGGAGGGGACCCCCGAGGAUGAGGACCGACCACCCCCCUCUCGGCCGAGCCUGUUUUAUUUUUAAUAGGCGCCUCUUCUACUGUUCCCUCGUGGAGGCCGCCCUUCUUUUCUCUCCCUCCCUUUCGCCGCUCUCCCUGCUCCUUUUCUCCUCCUGGGGUGGACUUGGGUCUAUUUGUGCAUAAGGGCUUUUGUCUGCUUCUCGCUCUUCUGUUACUCCCCACCACCACCACCCGCCUCCCACCUUUUUUUGGGGGGGGGAGGUUCACUGAAGUGGGAAUGGGGCGGCGAAGGGGUCGGUGGCUCCCCUCGCCCCCACGUUGGCGAUGGUCUGGAAGUCUCUUGCCACACACACGCACACACCCCACACAGUCGUCGCUCCCCCCCCCAUGGUUAUCUCCCCCCCCUCCCCGCCUAGCCCUUGCACAUGGCCGCCUUUCGCGGUCUCGAGAGUGGCUUUGGUUGGGGAGGCGGAGAAACGAAGCUGUCAAAAAGCGCUCUGCACGCUAAGAGAAGCUGCUGUUUUUGUCUCGCUAAGUCCUGGUCGCAACGCGUGUGAACCCCAAAGGUGGGUGGGUUUGUGGCUCUGGGGUACCAUUUAGCCGGGGGUGGGGGGUGUCAUUUUCCUAGCUUCCACAUGUUCAAACGUUACCAGUUACUUCUGUCUUGUUAUGGGAGGUUUGUCUUUUGUCUUACACACUCGAGCUUCUUUUUCCAUCCUCCCCCAGUCCCUUUCCUUGUGAAGUCUCCUUGUCACUGGAUCAUAGCUACCUUCAAUCCACCACACAUGUUAGAAAUGUGUUUGUGGAAAUCAGAGAACACUGUUUUAUAGAGUCCAUUUACACAGCUACUGGAAUUGUUCAAUCCUCAGACUUGUCCCUGGCCCCACCUGCCUAGUGUGAAUGUACCCAUCACAUCUGAAUUGUUUGUGUGAAUCCUAUGAGUACAAACUAGCUGGUUGGCAUGAGUUCUGUGAUUUAUUUAUUUUUUCAAAACAUAACUCAGUCAUAGAACUCUGUUCCGUUUUGCAUACCAUAACUGAUUUCUCCAUUUGUUUUAUCUGUCUAGUCAAAAAGUCUGUGAAGGUGGAAAAACAAGUGAACUAACCUAUUUUGAAGACUUACUCUUUUGUUAGGGCAGUUUGUGUUUCUCCUUUUAGGUAUAUAAAGGCUUUAAAAAGCACCCAGCAAAAUUCUAGAAUGAAUAUUCCCUGUAUACAAAGUGUAUGUGAUCUGUUGAUUUCCUGGGGUUGCCUACCAACACUGAAUAGCAUUAGCUUAGGCCUUCUGUAAACAAACUCUAGGUAUCCCGCAAGAUGCUGUAUGACAAUUCCAUGCUGACAUGGAAUUCUCAUGCAGGAACAAGACAGGUUGACAGAACAGAUCUUGUAUUGGUUGCCUUUGUCUGCUUGUGCGAACUUGUAUGCACAACUCUACCAGCAGAAUGACAGAUACCGCAAGCAGUAAAAUACAUAGAAAAGAGUACAUUGAACAGUUUAUACAGUGUCAUGGUGCUAGCCAGGCAUGCGCUCUACCACCUAUUCAGGCUUCUUUCCCCCCCGUUUUCCAUCUUCUCUCCCCAGCAGACACUCAUCAUGUUGUUGUUGUUUUUAAACGCUGUUGGGAUUUCCCACCCCCUUAAAGAUUUUUCGUACUGCAAUUUUUCUCCCACCAUGCCUGCUGGCACCUCCCUCUUGUGGAUGGUGCCAUUUUGGCUACAUAAAGAUUGCCACUUAGAGAAAGGUGUUAAUAUAUAGAAUGAGUGCAAAAACUUUUCUGAAUAAAAAAGUAUUAUUGUAUAAGGUUAAAGGCCUCUUCUUGCAGCAGUCUUCUUGAUUUCAGCAUGGCCUUAACUAGCCUGAAGGCAAUCUGAUACGUUCUAGUACUAUGUGCUGAGUAGCUGCACUAGAAUUAACCGUGCUCAUUAAAAUCCUGCAACUGUGCCCAACUUGGGUUUAAUUUUCUUAAGAGCAACAUUCACUUGAAAAUUUGGUGAGAUGUCCUUGUGUAUAUUUAGUAUGGAAUUGUCCUGUAGUUAGAUUGGUUAUUGAACUGAUGGUUGGAAAUUCCAAAACAGGAAAAUGUUGAAGUAGGAUUAAUUACUGGUUGGUUGGUUGGUUGGUUGGUUGGUUUGUUUGUUUGUUGUAGACCUACUGAAAUCAAGGUGACUUAUAAACAGUAUAACACACACCGUAAAACAUACAAAUGAAACAAAAUAAUAUAACACAAUUUAAGAAAACAAUGCUAAAAAAAACACCACACCAAAUAUCUAUAGCAUAACUGGCACAAUAGCCAGUUAUCAGUAGAAAAUUAAUUAAUUUUUUUAAGAAAAGAAAAAAAGAAAAUUAAUUAUAUAAUCAACUCACCAAAUGUCUCAGAGGAAAGGAAGGUAUUGCCCUGGUGCCAUAAAUAUAUUAACGUCUGCACCAGGGCACCUCACUGGGAGCGUGUCCCAUGAACAGGAGAGGUACAACCUUGUUGCCACUCUCUUCACCUCUCUUUGGUGGGGCACCUGGGCUCAGAUGACAACUAUGGGGUUCAUAGUUGUCUGAACCCCUGCUGUCUGAGGAGAUAUUCCAUCGGGUGUUGGGGUCCCAUGCCAUGUAAGUCUUUAUAGGUUAAAACCAGUGCUUUGAACUAAAUUCAGAGAUGUAUUGGCUGCCAGUGAAACUAGCCAGAAUUAAUGUAAUAUGAUUAGACCGUCUAGACUCCACAGCCGUCAAGCCACUGCAUUCUUCAUUAUCUGCCAUUUCUGAACUCUAUUCAGAGGCAGUCCCAUGCAUAGCAUGUUGCCUUAUUUUAAUCUGGAGGGUGCCAGAAUUGAAGCCAGGUUAUCCUUGUCCAGAUAUAGAUGGGGUACCAGCUGAAGCUGGGAAGGGAAGGGCACUCUAUUAAACAGAGAGCACUCCUGCAGCAAGUGACAGUAAUAGAAUUCCCAAGCUACAAACCUGUUCCUUCAGGAGAAGUGGUACUUUGUUUGGAAUCAGUUGACCACCACUCAUCUGGUCAGAAGAAUUGUCCCUUAACAGCAUCUCUGUCUUGUCUAGGUUAAGCUUCAUUUUGUUGCCUCUUUUAUUUUCAUAGUAGUUUUUCAGAAAGAAGCAGAAUCAGUGACUUCCAUCAGUACUAAUCCCCUAAAGUGCAGGUCUUCAGAAUGUUGUGUAUUUCUAGAGAAAUUGUUGCAUUUUCACAGUGUGAUGUUUUCAUAUUGCUCUUGUGCUCAAUGAUUUCCAGAAAGCCAGAACAUUUUGCUUUAUUUUACCUGACUAAUAUAGUUAUACAACAUAGUGUUUUAUUGCAUAAUUUGAAAGUGACAAAUGCUUGAAAAUUAUAUACUGAAAGUUCUCAUUCCCAAUGACAAUUGUGAUAUAAGAUAUCUGUAGACAACUAACUAAUAUUCUAUUAUAAACAAGACAUGCUGGCAGUGGCCUCUUUAUAGGCCUCUGUACAGUAUCCAUCAGUAGGGCUAUUUCAUGUAACUUAAGAAGGGUCACUUUCAACUCAUGAAAGCUCAUUUUCUUAUUUGGAGUCGUAAGUUACCUCUUCCAAAGAACAGUCUUGGCUAAAUGACAAAUCCUAUCAAAUCUGGAUUCUGUACAAAAUCUUAAAGUAAAUUAUGUCAGGUAUUUUCUUCAGCUUUUGCCUCAGCUGUUAACUUUCUUAUGGCAGAAAAAGUUGAGAGAAUGAAACUUGAUUUAAAGCAAGGAUUCUAGGAUAGCGGUAGUCAUCUUGCCAACAGUGGUACACUGGAUCAGAUUUAAAUAAUGGCAUGUUAGACAGGAGGAGAACAUGGAUGCUGAAGUUGCACUCUGUUAUAAUAGGUAGAUCCUUGAGAGAAAGCCCUAGCUGUAUAGUUUUUAUUUAAACUUGAUGGUUAUGCAGAAGCAAAGCCAAAGCAUUAAAGAGGUCAUCCAAACUUAUUAAUAUUUAACAGAAAUAAACUCAACAUUGUUUAAUGAAAAAUUGUUGGUAACUUCAUAAACAUUGUCCCCUAUUAUACAUAAUAUAAAACUGGUAACAUCUCUCAGAAGUAUUCAAUUAUUUAGAUAAUUAAAACAUUUUCAAGUGUAGCCCUUUAAUCUUCAGCAAUGUGUAUUUUGCAGCCCUUGUAUAUGAUCUGCCUCCCCUCAACCUCUGGCUCUCUGUGGGUAGCUGCCUUCUUCACAGACAUAAAGUGUUUUUGGAUAAUAAAAGCUUCAUAUUAUUCAUAAAUAAUAGAAGUACUGCUAUACAGUACGUACACUAAAAGUCUUCAGUAGAAGGCUUAGUUUGAAUAAUGAGCUAUUGCGUGUUAGGCAGCAAAGAUCAUGUGUAGUGGGCAUGCAAUACUAUUUAUAUUUUCAAAUCUCAGGUAUUUCGAUCAGAAAUAUGUACUCAGAUUUUUAAGAACAAUAUGCUUAGUCAAGUGGAGUGGACUGUUCUAAACUCGGAUCCUUUUAUUCCAGAUGGAUGGUGAUAGUUCUACAACAGAUGCUUCUCAGUUAGGAAUUGCUGGAGACUAUAUUGGUGGUAGUCACUAUGUGAUACAGCCUCAUGAUGGUAAGUAAUGUAUUGGUCAAAGACAGUGUCCAUUCUUAUUGUCAUUUUUCACAUUGCAGCUUGGAGACAUUUAGAAGAGACGUGACUGCAGCCCUGUGAAAAUGUAUCAUAGUCUGUAAAAGAAGACCGUAUCAUAAGACUCAUUCACAGCUCUGUAUUAAAUUAAUAGCUCUUAUAUGAGACCAUUGCUCAGCAAUGAUUAAAUUAAUGUAUACCAUGUAGUACUUGUGUGCCAUAUGCUUCAAUCCUGUGCACAUUUCCUUGGGCUCAAGCCGCAUGGAACCUAAUGGGUGAUAUCCCAUUAAGUAUGUUGGUCAUACUUAAGUCCAUUGAUUUCAGUGGAUCUACGUUUAGUAUGACUUACUGGUAGUUGGGUAUCACCCAGUGGGACAUAUUUAAUGAGUAGCAUUGUGUUGCAAGUAAUGUGAGAAAAUGCUCGUAUUGGUACCGAACCAACCUUUUUAUUUUAACAAUAUUUUAAACAGUUUUAAAAAUAAAUUUUGUGGCAGUCCUUAAGAUUACCAGUUCUGUCUCUUGUAGAUCUACAAUAUGUCCUAAAAAUCUAGUUUCCUGGGAUCUUGUAAUGUAAUAUCUGUAAACACAUAAAGAGUAUAAAAAGAACCCUGCUGGUUUCAACUAAAAGCCUAUCUAGUCUAGCAUCGUGUUUCCCACACUUGUCAUCCACAUGUCCAUGGGAAGCCCAACAGCAGAAGAUGACUACAGUCGCACUCUCCAGCAAGUGUUUCCCAACAACUGAGAUUCAGAGGCAUCAUGCCUCUGAUCUUGAUAGUAGCAUACAGCCAUGAUGAAUAAUUUCUGUUGGUAGUCUUUUCCUUCAUGAAUUUAUUUAAUUUGCUUUUAAAGCAGCAUGUAUGUCAGUGGACAAGAUCACAUAUUGUGAUAGCAAAUGUGAUAUUUUCUAAAAGGGUGUUUAAUUUUUUAAAAUUUUUACAGUUAAAUACAUUUAGAACUAAACUAAAAGGAGGAAGGGUUUGGUGGGAGAGUGGGAGAAAGCAGAGGGAGAAUAAGCUCUGUCAAACCAGUAGAAUGAUCUCUUCCUUUUCAAGGGGUGGGCAUUUGGAGAAAAAAGAUGCAAGAGAAACUUUACUAACAGUUACUGUACAGCAGUUUUGAUGAUGGUCAAAGGCUUUGUAAUGGGAGGUGGUUUUCCAAAUAAGGUAGGGUUGUCAUACGCCCAGUUUCUGCUGGACAUGUCCUAUAUGCCUGCUCUUUUGGGGAUGACCCAUAGCUUUGUGGUAAAGUACAUGCUUUGCAUGCAGAAAGCCUCGGGUUCAAUUUCUGGCAUCUCCUGGUAGGGGCAAACCCUCUCUGAAACCUGGAAGAAUCGCUGAUGGUCAGUAGAGACAAUGCUGAACUAGAUGUGUGUGUAUGUGUCAUACAGUGAUAAGCUGUGUAACCCUUUUCCCCCCUUCGUGCUCCUAAAAUGUCAAUUUUCAGCCCAGAUUAUUUUGACAUGCUGGGAUCACCCAGGAAGGCUGAAGAAUGAGAAAGUGUAUAUGUUUACUUUUUUUUGUACAUUUUUAAGGUGGGAAUGUGAACUUCUAUAGCCUACAUAUAUGACAGGUAUUUAAAAUGAGAGUUAUCAUAGCAAAGUUGGCAAAUGUGUCUUCUUCUUUUUUUUCUCUUCAAAAUAUGGCAACCCUAAAACAAGGUGUAAGUGAGGUUUUCAAAGGGGUACAACAUAUAAAGCUAAUAUUUGUGUAUUAUGCUCUCUUUUUUUAGAUACGGAGGAUAGCAUGAAUGAUCAUGAAGACACAAAUGGCUCCAAAGAGAGUUUUAGAGAACAAGAUAUAUAUCUUCCAAUUGCAAAUGUGGCAAGGAUAAUGAAGAAUGCUAUACCUCAGACAGGAAAGGUAAUAACUCAGAAAGAGAGCUUUGCUAGCAUUCCAUGUGUACUGUAAGAAUCUUAGAUUCAUCAUAGAAUUCUUUAAAAUACGGCAUAAUCAUUGGGUUGCAUUCAGUGGGGGUUUAAGACCAAAUAUUGAGAGCUCCUUCAGAUGUGAUGUAACAAUGAGAGCAGGAAGUACAAGUGCUUUCUAAUCCUCCACAUCUCCAGCUGCCCAAAACAACUUUUGCAUCUGCCUCUCAUGGAGGGAUUCCAGUCCUAGGUCCCCAAUUGUUGCUGGACUACAUCCCAUCAUCUCUGACCAUUCUGCAUACUGGCUGGUGGUUGCACUUCAGCAACAUCUGUGGACACACAGUUAGGGAAGGCUACUCUAAAUGAAUGGCAGCUUUGGUUUUUCAAUUAUUAUUAUUUCUUAAAAAAACUACUACUCAAUUCAAAAUUGUCAAACAUUUCAAAAUUGAGGUAAUGUGUACAAUUAAGCCAUUCUGUUUGGGGUAGUUUAACUGGCCCAAAACAUUUUAUUUUGUUGGCAGUUUUGCUGGUGUAUAUAUUAGGGUUAAUUCGGAUUGGAAACGAGAAAUAGUUUGAUUACUAGAUGAUUCUGAUGCUGAUUAUUCUAGAUUGCUAAAGAUGCAAAGGAAUGUGUUCAGGAGUGCGUAAGUGAAUUCAUAAGCUUUAUAACAUCGGAAGCAAGUGAGAGGUGUCAUCAAGAAAAACGGAAGACUAUAAAUGGGGAGGAUAUUCUCUUUGCCAUGUCCACUCUGGGAUUUGACAGCUACGUGGAACCUUUGAAGUUGUACCUUCAGAAGUUCAGAGAGGUUUGUAAUCUUUCUGUGGUUUUACUUUACAACAGUUUGGAAUUUUGUCUGUUAUGACUAAUUACAGUGGUGCCUCGCAAGACGAAAUUAAUCCGUUCCGCGAGAGUCUUCGUCUAGCGGUUUUUUCGUCUUGCGAAGCAAGCCCAUUGACGGAUUAGCGCUAAUAGCGCUAUUAGCGGUUUAGCGGCUAUUAAAGGCUUAAAGGCGUAGGGGAUUAGCUGCUAAAAGGCUAUUAAAGGCUAUUAAAGGCUUAGCAGAUUAGAUAAAGGGGGGGAAAAGCGAAAAAAAAAUCUCAAGACUCGCAAGACAUGUUCGUCUUGCGGAGCAAGCCCAUAGGGAAUUCGUCCUGCGAAGCAACUUCAAAACGGAAAACCCUUUCGUCUAGCGGUUUUUCCGUCUUGCGAGGCAUUCGUCUUGCGGGGCACCACUGUACUGUUUUUAUAUUUUAUAUAAACCAGGGAUGUUGACUGAAAUUUUUAUUUAUAUGAAGCCUGUUUUCAGAAUAUAAAUGCUAUUGUGUGUUUUUUUAAAAAAAUAAUGUAAUUUUUGUUGAUGAACCAGCUGGUUUAUAUGCUUUUAAGGAUUUGGCCUUUUUCUGUCCCUGCUAGAUUAGUGUUGCAACUUAGAUGGCAUGCACUGGUCUGAACAAGAAGCUUGUGUUUACUAGCUUGCUGCUUUUACUUCAUGUUUUUAUUAUUGCAUGGUGCACUAUUUAGAAUAGCUUUAUUUUAAUGUGUCAAGUCCAGGAGAGCACAUGGUCAAGCAUCUCCACAAAUUCAAUGCAAAGCUUGAAUAAUCUAGCAUUUGCAUUCCCCUUUGACUCUUCUCCUCUUCCCAUAUGUUAUGCAAUGUUUUACUUCCUAUCUGGAUCUGUCAUGUCACAGGUAGACUUUCUAUCCUCUCUACCUUGCAUCUAUUUAACAUUAUUGUACUUAUUCUGGCCAAGAGGAACAGCAGCUAUUGCCCACACACUUGCUGUUUUAUUUUUAUUUAUUUAAAAACAUUUUUAGGCCACACUUCAUAUUAAAAGCCCCAAAGCGGUUUAUGACAGUGGAUUAAAACAUUCCUAAUGCCUGAUAGGAUAGAUGGGGGGGAGGGGGCAGCUGCUUUGUUCUUUGUAAUCCCAUAAUGAUGUGGGGGACAGAUUGUGGUGGCGGUUCUCUUCAUUGUCAUUUUCUUACUUUCGUUCUUACUGUGGGUAGUGCUAAGGGGCAACAGCAAUAAGGAGGGUGAACUAGCAGCAGUGGAAAGAAAGUCUCCUGAGCAGCUUGAUGCAGCUCUGGUUGUUGAUUUUUGAUUUUACCUAUUUAUUUCGUUAAGAAGCUACAUUGCAAAAUGUUUGAAAUGAGCACUUAAUGUAAUGUGUAAAGAAAUCUGCAGUCGCUUUCUGUGGCAGUAGCUUAGCAUUGCUUAUCCCUGCCCUUUGCUCCUUUUCACAUUGAAUGCUGUGUGUGUGCAAUUUGUGCCAGCAAUAAUUCCUUCUUAUCAUAACGGGCUACGAUGCACAGGUUAAACUGCUGCAGUUUCAGAUGCACAAGUGGCAACUUGGGCUGCUACAGACAUGCAACCUCUUGAUUCUUCCUAGUCGGUGACAUGAGGUCUAGCUCCCACAACCCUUUCACCCUCCUCUUUUUGCCAACCACUCACUGGAAGAUGUAUAUGAGAGGUUGUGUUUGCUGAAGAACCAUAGACCACUUGCAAUAAAAGCUGAAGGAAAUAUCACACCUGUAAUUUAAGUAUUGCUGUUAAUUGCAUUAACUGUGCUUGGAUCUGUCUCUUGAGCUGCCUUUCCACCUUGCCUCAUUUCUGUUCAGGGUUAGAACUCCAGCUGUAGUGGGCCUCCUGAAAACAGCUCAAGGCCAUGGGCUUCUGGCACGACUCAGGAAGGUUCUUCGCACUUGCUUCUCACCCAAGGGGAGAAUUCUGUGCGAAUCUCUGGUUUGGCUAAUUUAGAGCCUGCUGCAUUCAGCCUUCGAGCCUCCAGAUUGAGCCAUGCUUCCAGUUUUGACUACAAACCUCCUGACUGAAUGCAGACUGUGUGACACAGACUGAGCCCAGGUUUACUUUGCUUAGUUAGUUUAUAGUGUAUAGCUUCUGAUGCACAGCAUCUCCUAACUUUAUGUACAUAGUGUAAAUAGUUGUCUUGUUGUUUGAGGCAAUAUAAACACUUUAUACUUAACUCAAUGAGCAAGGAGUUUUCUCUGAAAUGGCUAGCAAUAACAAAGGGGGAAGAUCCUGAAGCUCUGCUGCGCUACUCUGCUGGUUACACUGCUAUAGGUGUGAUCUUAAAAUGUUAUCAACAUUCACACCAAGAAUACAGAUAUAAUUAUUGGUGUACAAAAUAUGUAGAAUUAUAGAAUUCUGUACUGGAGAUCCAGGGUUUGAAAAACGUAUUGUGUAUAAACUACACUGCUAUUCCAAAAAGCGUGCAAUGAUUUAAGUGGUUGAAAGUGCUUGUAUCCUCAUACAAAACAUUAUUUAUGCUUUUUCAAGGCCAUGAAAGGAGAAAAGGGUAUUGGAGCAGUUACCACAGCAGAUGGCCUUAGUGAGGAGCUCACAGAGGAAGCAUUUAGUAAGUAACACUUGAAGUUGCUGGGACAGAUUUUGCUUUUGGUACUUGACACUUGAGAUUGGAAGAAGCUUGUCAAGUAUGACCAAAGGGCUGCAACCUACCAAGUACUGCUGCCAUGUGGUUUAUGUAGAAGUCCAUGAAUGGUGCACUGAAAUGCACUGGAGGCUGUGCUUUGUGGUUGGCACCUUGUGGCUGGUUCAUGCACAUGUAUACAUCUCCUGAGUUCUAUUUAUUUAUUUAUAUUUAUUCACAAUAUUUAUAUGUCACCCAACAGCAAAGGUUCUUUGGGUAGGUUACGCAACAUGAAAUCAGAAACGAGGUAAAGCUAGAAAGAGUAACAUAAAAGCAUGAAAAAAUUAUGUAUUUUAUUAAUACUAUAUUUAUAUACAACCUUUCCUCCCAAGGAGCUCAAGGUGCAACCUAUGGCUCUUAAUCUCUGCCCUGCCACUGGCGCCUCCCACCAGCACUUCCAGCAUUUUCCCAUUAAAACACUGUAAGGUGGAUGAGGAUGAGAAAUAAUUACUGGUCUCAAAUCAUUCGGUGAGCUUCAUGACUGAGGAUCUGAAUCCUAGGCUCCAGAUCCUAGUCCAGCAUUCUAACAACAACAAAAUAGAAAAGUCUUCACCUGGUGCCGAAGAAAUCAAAGUACAUGCCAAGCAAGUAUCUCUGGGAGGAUGUUUCACAACUGGGGUGCCACCUCUAAAAAGGCCCUCUCUCCCUCUCCCUAUAUGCCUCAUUUGAUGGGGAUACCUGAAUAAGCUUCAGAAGAUAAUCUUAAGGUUCCGGUGGGCAUAUGUGAGAGAAGGCAGUUCUUCAGAAAAUCUGACUUCAAGACAUUCAUGGUUGUAAAGUUAACUGUUUAUAUUGGGUCUGGAAAUAGUCUGGAUGCCAGUUCACAUGGCACAACACUGAAAUAAUCUGUUCUUAACAGCCAAUCUUAUCGAAUAAUUUAGCUUGGGGACCAAAUGGACCUUUUUCAAAGGUAUUGCACUGCAGUAGCCCAGCUGGGAGGUUAUCAGGCUGGGCCUGUGGAUAAUUGUAGGAAGACUUAAGUUCCUCUGGCUUCCCUAAGAUGCUGUUUGUAUCUUCAGUGACCAUUGUAGAUCCAAGAGCACUCCCAAACUUCAUGCUAGUGUAACUUCUUUCAUUUUCCAAAUUAGAUGCUGCUGCUGCUGCCACCAUUUCAUUGUCUUGAGUCUAAAUUUCUUGUCUUCACCCGAGUCUCUCAAUCUUAUCUGGUACCUUUGUUUCUCUGUUUUUAAUAUGCACCAGUGAAAGAGAUUAGAUUUCAUUUGCAAUAUCAGGUGGUGUCCUGAUACACUGUACACUGGCCAUAAUACAUUUUUUGUUUAAUGGUGAACACAUUGAAUUUGGUUUGGAGUAUCAUUCUCUGUGGAUUCAGUCCCUUAACUAAACUGCUUUCUUUCUUUUAGCUAACCAGUUGCCAGCAGGCUUAAUAACUGCAGAUGGCCAACAACAAAAUGUUAUGGUUUAUACAACAUCUUAUCAACAGGUACAGUGCCUCCGGUUCUUUUUCUCCUGACUUAUAUUUAAAUAUUCCUAGUUUCUGCAGCUACAGCUGAUAGCAACCAGACAGGUAAUAAACAAGUCCAAUGGUUCUAAAUCAGCACUUGUUUAACAGUUGGACCUUCCAAAUAAAUGCAUGUGCUUCUAUUGUAAAUUGUUGAAAUUAAUCUUACUUUGUUUUGCACUCCCUAGAUCUCUGGUGUUCAGCAAAUUCAGUUCUCAUGA